AUGGACGCCAACCAACCUGACCUCGAAGCCCUCGCCCAAACCUGCCUCCAAGAAGCCAAAACAAUCAAAACCCACCUCGCCGCCAACUCCCUCGGCGACCUCGGUUUCUCCCCCACCGCACUCCCCUCCUUUCCAAAGACCGACGCUCAAACGCAACAAGCCCGGACCAACCUCCGCAAUGCAGCAAAGACACUCUACGACCUCACCACCGGGCCGCAGGAAGGCCUGACAGAAUUGUCUCUGACAUCCCUCCAAUUCAUUGGCUCCGUCCGCUACCUCCUGCAUUUCAAGAUCCCCGACUCCGUCCCGCAAGACAGCCCAAUCAGCUACAGCGCCCUCGCAAGCACAACCAGCGUCUCCAUCUCCCAACUAAAGCAAAUCCUGCGAUUCGCAAUCACAAACCACAUCUUCCUCUCCCCGACCCCGGACACAGUGUCCCACUCCGCGUCCUCCCUGCUCCUACUCUCCACAUCCCCCAUGGCGCCCAUAAUCCACUGGCUAACCUACGACUGCGCGCCCAUGCUCGCGGGCCAAGUCGGCGCGAUCGAAAAAUGGGGCCACGGGUCGCAGGAACAGAACCAGACGGCCGUGAACUACGCUUACGAUUUCGACGGCUCGUUCUAUGAUUUCAUCAGCGCGGAUGAAGGGAGGGAGAAGAGGUUUGGCACGACGAUCCAGCGUGCAAGCGAGCAGCCUGCGAGCAGCGUGAAGCACGUGGCGGAGGGAUUCGACUGGAGCGUUCUCGGUAAUGGGAGCUUGGUUGAUGUGGGGGGACAUAUUGGGUUCUGCGGGGUUGCUAUCGCGCAGGCUGCGGAGGGGUUGAAGGUGGUCGUGCAGGAGCGGCCGGAGGUGGUGGCGAUGGCGCUGGAUCCUACCACUGCAGUCGUUCCGGCAGAUGUGAAGGAGAGGGUGGAGUUCGAGGUGCAUGAUUUCUUUACGCCGCAGAAACGGGAGGCGGAUGCAUAUUUCCUCAGGAAGACGCUGCUGAAUUUUACGGACGAGUAUGCGAAGAGGAUCGUGGCGGCGCUGAGCCCGGCGUUGAGGAAGGGGAAUAGAUUGCUGAUUAUGGAUUUUGUGCUGGUCGAGAAGGCGGUGGAGGCCACAGUCAUGGAGAGGUAUUCGAGGGCUGUGGAUUUGCAGAUGUUGUUGUACUAUAAUUGCAGGUAUCGCACGCUGGACGAGUGGAAGGCGCUGGUGAAAGCGGGCGAUGAGAGGUUUGAGUUUGAGGGCGAGUAUAGAUCGCCUGGGAGCUCGAUGCCGAUUCUGAGCUUUGUCGUCCGGUGA